AUGGAUGACGGAUCGUCGCUAGGAAGUGGUGAAAGUGCGGUACUGCCACCGCUGCCUUCUAAGCCUAGAGAAGAGGCAAACCAGCCUACGAAGUCCUCAUCAGCAGCGCCACUAAAAGGAGAAGUCGGUGAGGCGGUGAACUCUGCUGCUGCUGAAGAUGAGGUCAUCUUCGUACCGUCUGAGAGCGUUCACGUCAUUGACUCUGAACACGCUGAUCCCGGGCUGAAAACAGCGAUCGCCACUGCAGUGCCCGUGAAGGAGGUAUCAGAGCACGAUCGCCUUUUUUACUUGGCACGGACAUCCUGCUUCAGAGAGAUAAUGGGCAUGCCUCUAUGGACGGAGGAUCCACAUAAGAUCCUCACGGCUCGAGAUGACGAAGGCCACUCGCUGUUGCACUGGGCUGCUCUGGUGGACGACUUUGGUUUUAUCGAAGCGUUUUGUAACCUACCAGACUUCGACAGUGUUAUCGGUCCGGAUCCUAAGGCUAGUAACUUACAAACACCCCUCAUGUGGGCGAUAAUAAAGGGCAACCUCAGGAGUAUGGCCUCCCUCUACGGUAGAGGCGCCUCUCUGGCUGCCGUUGAUUCCCUCAAGGCAAAUGGCAUCAUCUUGGCGUCUCAGCAUAACCAGCUAUUAGCAUUACUACUCCUUCAUUAUUGGUGCCAACAACAGGGCGAUAUGAGCCCUCUUUUCGACCAGCGUGAUCAGCUCGGGUGCUCAGCUGCUCACUGGGCGGCUUAUAAGGGGUAUGUAAAUAUCCUGCGCUACCUGGACUACUUUGGUUUGCUACUUGAUGAACAGGAUAACGAGGGGAAGACGCCUUUGCAUAGAGCAGCUAUCUCUCAGUGGCCUGAGGCAUGUGAUUUCCUCAUAGGAAAAGGGUGCAAUCCUCUUGCCCGAGACAACAAUGAUGAAACACCUCUAGAUAUCGCGAGGAAGCAUAAAAAUAAUUUCCUGGCGAAUUCUCUAUUGAAAUCUAUCGUCAAGCAUAAGAGUAAGCAGAGACGAGGAUACCGACAAUUAGAAGAGGCCAACGAACUAACCAUCAGAGGGAGUAGCUCGAGCUCCUCUGCCCCUUCAUGCGCCGUGCCUCAGGAGGAGGUUGUACAGAACGGUAUGGAGGAGGGCCGCCGCUCGCAGGCGCCUACUACUACUGCUAUGGAUAGUGAGCUCAUCACUAAGGAAGUGAAAGUGCCGUGGUGGAUGUCAUUACUUGGUGACAAACAGUCCUUAUGGGUAUUCCCCGGCUUCUAUCUGCUGGUUGCUCUCCUGCUCAUCUCGUCCUUCUUCCUGGAUAUUCGUCCGAUGGGCUACGACCUGGCCCCAGUGUCGUACAUCAUUGUGGAGAUGCUCAUACCAGUCUGCUUGACCAUGUUCGCCGUACUAGUCUUCGGUGAUCCAGGGAGGCGUCCCAAGCGGACAAGAGGCCAUUCUGCGGUGGAGGAGCUCUGUGAAAAGAUCGUUGCUUACGCCUUCCGAAGGGAGAGUUACGAGAGCGUUAUGAAUCACGAUCUGUCAGCGAUAUCAGGACAGCAUGUCGCUAAUAUGGACCCCUCCCGGGUAUGCCAUACGUGCUGGAUCUGGAAAGGACUCCGGACCAAACACUGCCCGAUUUGUGACUGCUGUGUAGAUGACUUUGAUCAUCACUGCACAUGGCUGAACAACUGUGUUGGUGGUGGCAAUCAGCGGUUAUUCAUAGCCUUCUGUAUCGCAGAAUUCGUCAUACAGUUAUUCCACAUCAUCGUAGCAUGGCAAUGCCUAGGGAGAAUACCCGAGGCCAUGAAGACCGAUUACUCAGGUUGGUGGGGAUGGAUAAGCUUCGUCGUGGGUAGACAGCCACUGUUGCUGAUUGUGCUCAUAGUGGAGGUUUUGACCCUGCCUUGGGAGGCCUUCAUCAUCUUCUUCCAGUGUCGAGUUGUUGCUAUGAAUAUGUAUACCAACGAGAUGAUCAACUUCCACAGAUAUGGUCACUUUUGGCGAAUGAUGGCUACUGGCGGAAUGUCCAGUAUAGAUCCCGAAGAGGGACGCGGUAGAGUUCACAGAGAGUUCAGAAACCCAUUCGAUAAGGGAAUCAAGACCAACUGCUUAGACUUCUGGACCGGUCGCCGCGCGAAUAGGCGUCGUGUUGUUGCCAUGAGCGAUAGUGAAAAGGAAAAUCUGACCGAGCGCUGUGCCGCUGGGGAACGAGAGAUGGAUGAAUUCAAUGGCGACCGCCAUCACCAUUAAUCGAGUGACAAUAUCAAUGAGAUACCGCGGCAUGAUGGUUGCCCUCAGGGAUGCUAUUUCACAUCUCUAAUCACUGCUACUUUGUAUA